CUCUUAGUUGAGGGCACAUCAUGCAGAAGUCACAACGCACGCAAUGCUGGACGCUGCUGCUGCUUGGCGCGCUGAUCGUCUCGUUCGGGCUCAUGUUCAGCUAUUGGUAUCUGGUGCCGAGCCAGCUGCACAUCUGGCAGCUGUUCAGGCACAAUGGCAGCCCAUCCAGCGAUCCGGCAGCCGCGGAGCUGAAGUUUUUUAUGCCACCACAGACGGUGCCCAAGGAGCUGAACCUGAAGCGUGGCGCGCCCUACAUAUAUCAGAUAUUGCAUUAGCGUUUAUAUAUACUUAAAUUGUUGUACAAUAAAUUAAAAGUAUGUUUAGAGUAAUUGGGUGGCUUGGUUAGCAUCACAA